ACACACACACACACACACACACACACACACACCGAGUCUGAAUGAGCAGAAGACCACAGUCAGGCUCACACACGUUUCUCCUGGAGACUGGUGUAACCGUCCACACACACGAGGAUGGCCGUCCCCUCUGUGAUGGUGCUGCCGCUGCUGAUCGUGGUAUUUGCUGGAAUUUACUAUGUUUAUAAUGAGGUGAUGCGCUUCAUGUCCAAGUCUGUGGUGAGGAAUAAAGUGGUGGUGAUCACAGACGCCGUGUCCGGGAUGGGAAGCGAGUGUGCACGUCUGUUUCACGCCGGCGGGGCGAGACUGGUUCUGUGUGGGCCGAGCUGGGAUAAACUGGAGUCUCUGUAUGACAGUCUGUGCAGUGGAUCAGACCCCAGUCAGACCUUCACACCGAAGCUGGUCCUGCUGGACUUCAGUGAUAUGGAGAAUAUUUCAGACGUGGUGUCUGAGAUCUGCGAGUGUUACGGCUGUGUGGACGUGCUGAUCUGCAACAGCAGCAUGAAGGUGAAAGCGCCGGUGCAGAAUCUCACUCUGGAAAUGGACAAAACCAUCAUGGACGUCAAUUACUUCGGGCCGAUCACACUGGCCAAAGGCGUCCUGCCGCUGAUGAUCACCAGACGCACCGGUCAGUUUGUGCUGGUCAACAGCAUUCAGGGGAAACUGGCUCUACCGUUCAGAACCUGCUACGCAGCAUCCAAGCAUGCGGUGCAGGCGUUUUUUGACUGUCUGCGGGCGGAGGUGGAGGAGUUCGGCAUCUCCGUCAGCACCAUCAGCCACACCUUCAUCAAUGCUGGAGCUGAGAACGCCACGCCCACUGAGGCCACGCCUGCCACUGCCACACCCACUAAAGCCACACCCACCAAUCCGAUUUGGGCCUACAUCCGCAGUAAGCUGAACACACACGGUGUGAGGCCGCAGAUCCUGGCGCAGGAGAUCGUGCGUUCAGUGAACAGACAGAGCCGGGAGGUGUUUCUAGCCCACCCCGUGCCCACCGUGGCCCUCUACAUUCGGGCUCUGAUGCCCGGAUGCUUCUUCUCGGUGGUGUCGGCCGGCGUGAGGGAUGGAGCCAUGGCCGAACAGCUGAAAUGAACACCAGAAAUCAGACACACACACCAGGAAACAUGAGGCUGCUAGCAGUGAAUGAACUUAAUAUAGACUAAUCAUAAUAUUAUCAAUCAUUCACCAUGAGGAAUAACAUGCAUAUCAACUACAUUCAUUUAUUGUUUCUGGGUUCAAUUUAGACCUACAGAGUUUAUUAAAAAACUGAUUAGAAUAUUAUUAUUAUAUAUUAUUAUUAUCUAUAUAUUUAUUAAAUACUAGUUUAUAAAAAGAUUACUGUUUCAGCUAAAACCACCUGUGAGAAAGUAUAUGAUAGUGUUUUUUAGCCAGACUAUACCUGAAUUGAUCUGUUGUGGUCAUUCUACAGUUGCUAUGGUAACACAACUAUAGUAAUUUAUCUAUUGUGGUCAUUCUACAGUUGCUACGGUAACAAGAACUAUAGAAAUUUAUCUGUUGUGGUGAUUCUCCUGUUGUUACGGUAACACAACAACUAUAGUAAUUGAUCUGUUGUGGUGAUUCUACAGUUGCUAUGGUAACACAACAACUAUAACAUUGAUUUGUUGUGGUCAUUCUAUGGUUGCUAUGGUAACAACUAUAAUAUAUCUGUUGUUGUGAUUCUACAGUUGCUAUGGCAACACAACAACUAUAGUAACCUAAUUGAUCGGUUGUGGUGAUUCUACAGUUGCUACGGUAACACAACAACUAUAGUAAUUGAUCUGCUGUGGUCAUUCUACAGUUGCUAUGGAAACACAACAACUCUAGUAAUUGAUCUGUUGCGGUCAUUCUACAGUUGCUAUGGUAACAACUAUAAUAAUUGAAAUGUUGUGGUGAUUCUACAGUUGCUAUGGUAACACAACAACUGUAGUAAUUGAUCUGUUGCGGUCAUUCUACAGUUGCUAUGGUAACACAUCAACUAUAGCUAGUGUUUUGUUGUCGUCAAUUAUAGGUUGCUACGGUAACAACUAUAAAAAUAUAUCUGUUGUGGUGAUUCCAUAGUUGCUAUGGUAACCCAACAACUAUAAGAAUAAAUCUGUUUUGGUGAUUCCAUAGUUGCUAUGGUAACACAACAACAACAGUAAUAUAAACAAAUGACCCAAUAUUGUAGUUUCUACAAUUAAAUUAUUUAUUACAUUACAAUACGCCACAGUUUACUGUAGUAAAAAUUAAAGUACACUACAGUAUCUAUUACAGUGUAUAUGUACAAGAUUCACAAUAUUUAUAUCAGUCCACUAUAGUUAAUAUUACAGGAUGCUGGAAAAUGCAAUAACAAAGUUUAUUAUAUGGAGUAUAAUGUUCAAAAACACUAGUAUUUACUAAGAUAUUUCAAUGAGCAGAAAAAAAUGAUAUAUUGUUUAUUUUUCAGACAAAUAAAUGAAAUCAGUUUUUCCAAGAGAAAAAUAUAACAAGGAAUACUGUGAGAAAUGAAACAGCACCUGUGAAAUAUUUGAAAAUAAAUAAAAAUUUCACAAGAGGACAAACAAUAAAGCUUAAGAGCACAAUGGCAAUAUAAAAGCUGCUGAAUGCGGA